GCAGGUGCAGAUCUGAUGAUAUGUACUUACAGCGAUGGCUUUCUACAAAGUGAUCUGUGUGGCGACUCUGCUGACUCUCCUGACACAAGAGUCUCACUCACAACUGAAUGUGUGUGGUCUGCCAACACUCAACACCAGGAUUGUCGGAGGAGAUGUGGCCCCUGCAGGCAGCUGGCCCUGGCAGGCCAGUCUGCGAACCUCAGAGCCCCACAUCUGUGGAGGAUCCCUCAUUAACAAUCAGUGGGUGCUGACUGCUGCUCAAUGCUGCACCAGACAAGGCGUAGGCACGAGCACUCUGACUGUGGUUCUGGGUCUCCAGAGUCUACAGGGAACAAACCCCAAUCAAGUGUCUCGGGCAGUAUCACAGAUCAUCAUCAUCCCAACUUUAACCCUGGAACUUUUGAAAACGACAUCUGCCUCCUGAAGCUCUCCUCACCGG